AUGUGGGACCUGGAGGCUGCUCUGGAGCUGGGGGGGGAUUGGUUGCUGCAGAAGGGGUACGCUUGGCCUGAAGACAAAGAACACUGCGAGGAGAACGGGCGGAUGCUUACUGCGGACCCUUCUAAGGUCUCGAUAAGAGCAAAGAAAAGGGGGCUGCCGCAGAUGGGGACCCUCGGGGCUGGCAACCACUACUGUGAAGUGCAGGUUGUUGACGAGGUGUAUGAUGAAUUCGCCGCAGAUAAAAUGGGCCUCGAGAAAGGCCAAGUAUGCGUGAUGAUACACUCCGGGAGCAGGGGUUUGGGGCACCAGGUAGCCACCGACGCUCUCGUGACGAUGGAGGGAUGCAUGCAGCGCAACAACACCAGGUAG